UUAUGAGCAGUUCAACUUUGCUCUUUAUGUUCUGUUGUCAUCAACGUACUGCCACUGGAGAGGUCAAAGGCCAACUAUUUGUCCAUGAGGACUUAAAACAGACAGAACUUAGAUUAUCAGACAGUAAUCAGACACAAAGAUCAGUCUAAAGUUCAUUGCCGUGGAACACCAGCAUACUAAAAGACUCAGCAGAGAUUCGAGACGAGGAGUACAGAAGAACAUCUAAGAAUUGUAUGUGCGUGUAAUCAAGUCAGAAAAGGACUAAGAAAAGAUCAGGACAGGCCCAUCUAAGUGACACAUCAGCUGGACUUCACAACACUCCUUCCUGAAAGAAGAUGGACAUCCUUGAGACAGAUGCUUAUGACAGGAGGCAGAGAAGAAAUAUGUCCUGCUCCCUCUUUUUCUCUCUCUUGCCUUUCUUUUUGUCCUCAGCUGUAUAUUUCUACCUGUGGGCUCCUGAUGCCCCUUCAUCCGUCAUGUCUGCAGGUGUCAAGUCAGCACCAGCUCUCCUACUGGCUGCAGUGGUGCUGAGCUGGAAUGGAGGUCAGAGUGUCCUGGGUGUGGCCGGGGGAUUGAUCUUCUCUGCUGUUGGUGACUGGUGCUUGGUAUGGCCUGAGCUUUUUCUACAUGGAAUGGGUGCAUUUGCCGUAGCACAUCUGCUUUACUCACUCUCCUUCCUAUCCAGCCGUUACGCAACUUACUCCUCCUCCGCCGCCUGGACACGUUUUCUCUAUCUGAUCCUGUUAUUAGUGGGAGGAGGUUUCUACAUCUACUUAUAUCCAUUCCUGCGGCAGGCGCCAAACUCCGAUCUACUAACUCCAGGUGUGGGGGUCUACGUCGCCCUGAUCACUCUAAUGAGUGGAUUGGCUAUUAGAACCCGUCGUGCAGCAACACUGUUUGGAAGCUUGAUCUUCAUGGUGUCCGAUUUGUCACUGGCUCUUCAAGUUUUCAAGGUGGUGGAACCCAUACAGCAUGGUCACAUUAUUGUCAUGGUGACAUAUUAUUUGGCUCAGCUACUGAUUGCGGUGGGUGACGUAAAGGCAGUGGAGAACAAAGAUGACUUCUCAAAAUGGAAGAGGUCCUAACCCAUAUACCUGCGGCAUCCCAAACAUCUGGAGUACCUUCUCUGCCCAUGUUUUCAGGGUUAAAACCCGAUCUUAAAAACACACACAGGACAAAAAGAAAAUAAACUGAAUUUG